AUGUUCAAGUGCCAUGAGAAAGAACUGGACAGUCAGACUGUUGGAGCCUUCAUUGUGACAGUCACAAUUCAGGGUCCAGGCAUAAGAAAUAUAUUUGGUGUCCAUCUCAGUGAAGAAAUAUAUUUUGGGUCCCGUAGUAUUCAUGGAGUUUGCAAGACUAAUAGUCAGUUGUUAGUUAAGCAUCUGGAUCACAAAUCACUCAUGGGUCUUGGUGACUGGCUUAGAAAAAAGUGGAAUGCAGCUGUUAUGCGUAAAAAUGAGGCUGAAACUGCUCUGGAAAAACUGGAGCAGAAAGAUAUCACUGAAGCUGUUUUGAGGGAACACAAAUAUGAUGAUGGCUGGGAGAUUUCAGAUGUUAGAUUGCAUCUUGCUGACCUCAAGGACAACUAUCAAAGAGUGGAGAAAUCAAUGAAAACUAAACGUACUACUUUGGGAGCUGAUGGUUUACUGCGCACAUGUUGA